GAACCCGGCGGUGUUCGAAAGCGAUAUGCUUUCCUUUACGACGGAUGUGAGGAUGGAGAAGCUGCAGGAGAUCAACUCCCGGUCAGGACAUGCGGUUGAGGCAGUGUUCUGGUUGCGGGAUAUGGCGACGCAGUGGCGGGUGAAGGGGCUGGCGUUUGGGAUUGGCGCCGCGAGGGAGGAGGAGGGGGAGCAGACGGCCCGCGCAGAGAUCAAGAAGGCAAUGAGGGUGAAGGCCGGAUCAGAAGAGGGCAGUCAAUCGACGUGGUCGUGGGAGAGAGAGGUGACGACCUAUUUCGCGAAUCAUACGCCUGUCAUGAGAGGCUCAUUCAAGAACCCUCCGCCAGGCCGCCCACGCUCUGAAAUCCCGUCAGACCCUGCUUUGAAACUGGGACAGAAGGUGGAGGAUCUACACGACCCGGUUGCGAGGAAGAACUUCAGGGUGGUUGUCAUUCGGCCCGUGGAGGUGGACAGACUCGACCUGGCAGACUACGAACAGCCGCGACGAUGGAAGUGGAGGCUCACCAAUGCGGAUUCUGUCUAUGACGGAGAUGAGUCAGGGGAUUGGGAAGAGGUUGAGCUGUGGCCGUAGAUGUGAUGGGACUGUUUCCAUCCCCGGUGGGGAAGCAGGUGUCACUAUCACCAGUCUUGCUUACUCUCACUUCUUCGUGUAUACACUAACUGGUAUCAAGUUUGCUUCUUCUCACUUCUUCAUAAUUUUAUAGGCCACUUUAUGUGGACCAGCCUCGAAACACCUGUCUAUAUCUCCAAUGAUAUUCGUUAGUCUCCAACUGAGAGUAAGGUAAAGUGAGAGAUACAAACUGUCUCCAGUGAAUAUAGAGAAAAUCUCUCAAUGUGCGGCAUUAUUUAAGUCUUUUUUCUCUUCUCUCCAUCCUCCUCUUCUCUCCCUCCUUCUCUCUUCUCUUCUCCUCCCAACCACAGAGAAACUUUUUCUAGAGACACUCUCCAGCAUUCAUUGCCUCCUGCCUCUUGCCUCUUGAUUCCUGUGCCUUGCUUGCGUUGACUCUUCCUUCUCCUCCUCAUCAUCCUC